UGUGGAGGCUUGCGAGAGAGAGAGAGGAAAAACAUCGCGAAUUCGCUGAGAGAGGGAAGGGUGACAGAGACACGCCUACCUACAUAUUAGAACAGCGAAUUCGCUGCCUCGGCCUCUGUCGCUCUCCAUCAUGCCUGGAGCACAACAGCGAUCAAUGACCAGCUUCUUCGCUCCGAAAACAAGUACAGCAGGGACAUUAACGACGAAAACAGCAACGAAGAUGCCAGGAACAACUAGCAUCACCGGCGCCAACAACGGCAGCUCGAAGCGCGCGUCGCCAGACAGCAGCAGUGAUGCUGCAGCUGGAGCAGCAGCAGCGGGGGGUGGAUUAGGGUCAGGCGAGCAGGCGGUGUCCAAGCGGCCGAAGAUCAGCAGCAGCGAAGGCUCGCCUAUCAAGGAAGAAGGGUGGGCGACGGCGCUGUCGAGGGAGACUUCCAAGCCGUACUUCAGCCGUCUACAGGCGUUCCUGGACAAGCAGUACGCCUCCAAGGUCAUCUACCCGCCAAGGGACAAGCUGUUCAACGCCUUCGAUUCAUGCCCGCUGAGUAACGUCAAGGUGGUGAUUUUGGGGCAGGACCCUUACCACCAGCCCGGGCAGGCGCACGGCCUGGCUUUCUCGGUGAUGAAGGGGGUCAUGCAGCCGCCAAGCCUGCGGAACAUGAUCAAGGAGGCCGUGAGCUGCUGCGGCAUCACGCCCACCAAGUCCGGGAACCUGGACAGCUGGUGCAGCCAGGGGGUCCUGCUGCUCAACACGGUUCUGAGCGUCGAGAGGUCCAAGGCUAACUCGCACAAGAACCAAGGGUGGGAAACGUUUACGGACGCGGUGGUGCGGGAGCUAAACAAGGGGAACCGGCGGUUGGUCUUCCUGCUGUGGGGAAAGCCUUCCCAGAAAAAGGGUGCUCUGAUAGACUCGUCCAAGCACCGCGUCAUCACGUGCGCGCAUCCUUCCCCCCUCUCGGCCACGAGGAAGCCGGACCCGUUCAUCGGAUCGGAGUGCUUCAAGAAGGCCAACGAUGCCCUCGAAGAGCUUGGACACGGCGGCGUGGACUGGAACGUGCUUUGAAAUGAAUGGCCUGGCGGCGGUUGGAAAAACGCGGGGCUUGUGUACGUGCAUGUGCACUGAUGCACAAUCAAUCGUUGCUUGAAUGUGUGCGUCUCCUCAGACCACAGUUUGCUAGCGGCUCGUGACUAAGUGAGGCGUGCCAGCACGCCGAGAUUUCUGGGCCCGCGUUGUAUUAGCCGCGGUACGUUAGAAAUGUGCUUUGCUGUUGUGUGAUUUUUUCCGUCUCGGGUUGAGUCGAACCUUUCGCUUGGUGUUGUUAUUGCUGUAUAACUGAGAGUGUUUGAAUUGGCCGUAUUCAUCCAGAAAGCCGUUACGCUAGCGCUCGAGAGAAAAUUGCUCGCUACUCUCAAUGCCUCGGUCAGAUAUUUGGGCCUUUGGGGGCUCCUGCGGGGUACGGUGCUGCAGCGGGCACGCCUGGCUUAGUUAUUUUUCCUCUGGUGUGUGUAUUUGCACACGUGUACUGGCACGAACGGUCCAGUCGCGGGAGCCAUUAUGCUGCUGGACACCCCAAGUCACGGUGACAGCCAAUAUUCGAGAAAGAGCGCCAAUGUCAUAUUCCUCGAUUCCACA